ACCUACCACCCAUCUCCCCUCUCCUUUAUAAAUUGUCGUCACUCUCUUCCUCUCAACUUCAAUUUUUGAUUCAUCAAUCUCUUGUUUUCCGUCACACCAGAAGCCUAAUUUGAAUUUGAGGGGCUUACAAUAUGAUCUCCGUGGUUAAUUCUCUUGAGCAAGUUCAAAAACCCGAGCUUUCUCCUUCUUCUGAUUCCAAUCAUGAGAAAACUCAUGUUUUCAGGUCUAAACUUCCCGAUAUUACCAUCAAUAACCAUCUCCCUCUCCACACUUACUGCUUCGAAAACCUCUCAGCUUUCGCUGAUAACCCCUGUUUAAUCGUCGGUUCCACCGGUAAAUCCUAUUCGUUCGCUGAAACUCACCUUAUAUGUCGAAGAACUGCUGCUGGUUUAGCAGCUUUAGGCAUCAAAAAAGGCGAUGUCAUCAUGAUUCUUCUACAAAACUGCGUUGAAUUCGUGUUCUCGUUCAUUGGAGCUUCUAUGAUCGGCGCUGUCAACACCACGGCGAACCCUUUUUUCACUUCUGCCGAAAUCUUUAAGCAAAUGAAGAUUUCUCAAGCUAAACUAAUCAUCACAGAAUCGCAACACGUCGACAAAUUGAGAGACUCCAACGAAAAGGUGCCGAAAAUUGGGGAAGAUUUUAAAGUGAUAACAGUGGAUGAACCCCCGGAAAAUUGCAUACAUUUCAGUGCAUUAUCAGAAGCGAAUGAGAAUCAAAUCCCGCAAGUUUCAAUCGACCCUGAUGAUGCUGUAGCUUUACCAUUUUCUUCCGGCACAACGGGACUUCCCAAAGGCGUCAUUUUAACGCACAAGAGUUUGAUUACAAGCGUCGCGCAACAGGUGGACGGCGAGAACCCGAACUUAUACUUCAAAGACAGCGACGUGGUGCUGUGCGUGUUGCCAUUGUUCCAUAUUUAUUCACUAAACAGUGUGCUUUUGUGCUCACUGAGAGCCGGCUCUGCGAUGUUGUUGAUCCAAAAGUUCGAGAUAAGAACGUUGUUGGAGUUGAUACAAAAGCACAAGGUGUCGGUGGCAGCGGUGGUGCCGCCGCUUGUGCUGGCGUUGGCGAAGAAUCCGAUUGUGGCGGACUAUGAUCUGACCUCGAUAAGGGCGAUGCUGUCGGGGGCGGCGCCGCUGGGGAAGGAGCUGGAAGAGGCGGUCCGGAAGAGAGUUCCGCAUGCAGUUUUGGGACAGGGCUAUGGAAUGACGGAGGCAGGACCGGUGAUAACGAUGUGCCUGGCGUUUGCAAAAGAACCAUUUCCAACCAAAUCGGGAUCCUGUGGGACUGUGGUUAGAAAUGCAGAGCUCAAGUUUGUUAACCCUGAGACUGGCUCUUCUCUUCCCCGCAAUCAACCGGGUGAAGUUUGCAUCCGAGGUUCUCAAAUUAUGAAAGGAUAUUUGAAUGAUCCCGAGGCGACGGCUGCAAUAUUAGACGUUGAGGGUUGGCUCCACACCGGUGAUAUCGGUUAUGUUGACGAUGACGAUGAAGUCUUCGUCAUUGAUCGAGUCAAAGAAAUUAUCAAAUUCAAAGGCUUCCAGGUUCCACCAGCUGAGCUCGAGGCACUCCUUCUAAAUCAUCCAUGUAUUGCAGAUGCCGCUGUUGUCCCGCAAAAAGAUGAAGUAGCAGGAGAAGUUCCGGUAGCAUUUGUGGUUAGAACAGAAGGCCUUGAACUCACUGAAGAAGCAGUAAAAGAAUACAUAGCAAAACAGGUAGUGUUUUAUAAGAGAUUGCACAAGGUCUACUUUGUUCAGGCAAUUCCAAAGUCUCUUUCUGGAAAGAUUUUGAGAAAAGAUCUAAGUGCCAGGUUGGCCAAACCACCUCCUUCUUAGAUUUUCUUUUAUUUUCAUGUAGUUAUUGUACUCACUGUCUAUCAUUGUUCUUCUUUUUCUCGCUGUCUUGCUAUGUAAUUUUAUGGGUAAUUGAAAAAAUUCCAUGUAAUGAUGAGGACCCAUUGAAGUCUAUUAAUAAUGAGAACUCACUGAAGUCUAUCAUUCCCUUU